AUGUCCUCCAUCUUUGCCAUUGGCGCCGGCGCAGCCGUCGCUGCCUUCCUGGGCCGAGCAGGUCUCGUUGCGUGGCGUCGCUCCCGCGGCGGCGUAGGAGCCAUGGGCAAAGCAUUCUACAAGGGAGGCUUCGAGCCCAAGAUGACCAAGAAGGAGGCCUCGCUUAUCCUGUCCCUCAAUGAGCGAGCUCUCACCAAGGACAAGGUUCGAAAGGCCCACCGAACCAUCAUGUUACUGAACCAUCCCGAUCGGGGCGGCAGUCCGUACCUGGCGACCAAGGUCAACGAGGCAAAGGAGUUUCUCGAUAAGCAGGCGAAUUGA